AUGCCGCCAAACGAUCCGCCCGAUGUGAGUCAGUUGAGUCCGGCUUACGCUCAACCAAUAUACAUGAACGCUGAGGCUGCCGUCAUGGCAAAUACAACAUCACAAAGAAGAGGUUCGAUCCGACUUUCUUCCUCUUUCAACCCGAGGCCAAUAAAUUUUCGUGGCUCUUUCUCGUCACAUGAAGAUGAGGAGGAAACUACAGGUCUUUUGACCGAUACUGCAAAUGGCUACGGUGCUGCUGAAACUGCAUAUAUCCAGACAAGGAGAAGCUCUCUUGCUUCACGUAAGGGGAGCCUUGCUGUGAUUCCAUCCAACUAUGCGGAGGGAACUUUUUCGGAGGCAGAAACGUCUUAUUCCACGGAGUUCAGAAUGUUGACAACAUACUCCGUGCCGCUGGUGGUGACAUUUUUGUUGCAAUACUCGUUAACUGUGGCAUCAGUGUUUUCUGUAGGCCAACUCGGCAAGUCAGAACUCGCUGCUGUAUCAUUGGCAAGUAUGACUGCCAACAUAUCUGCUUACGGAAUCAUUCAGGGAAUCAGCACUUGCCUUGAUACAUUAUGCCCACAAGCAUAUGGACGCAAUGACUACAAGACUGUGGGGCUAUACUUCAUGAGGUGUACUGCCCUACUGUUUCUGGUUUAUGCGUUCAUUUUUGUUCUUUGGGUUUUUUUCUCCGAGAUGAUUCUAAUAGCAGUGAUCCCAGAACGUGAACUGUGUGGUUUGGCAUCGCAGUAUUUGCGUAUUCUUGUAUGGGGAGUUCCUGGAUUCAUCAUCUUUGAGAAUUUGAAGCAUUAUUUACAAGCCCAAGGCAUUUUUCAUGCCUCCACAUAUGUGCUGAUGGUGUGUGCUCCAAUGAAUAUGUUGCUGAACUACGAGCUCGUGUGGAAUCCCCUGUUUGGUAUUGGUUACGCAGGCGCUCCAAUUGCAGUCGUCAUUACCAACUGGAUUAUGGCGGGUCUUCUUGCUCUAUACACAUGGAGGGUCAGAGGCUAUGAAUGCUGGUGUGGAUUCACUCCAGACAUCUUCCGCAACUGGCACCGUAUGCUUGCACUCGCCGGACCGGGAGUUCUAAUGGUUGAGGCAGAAUGGUUGGCUUUUGAGAUCAUUACGUUCUCUGCAUCCAGGUUUGGAACAGUUGUUCUGGCUGCCCAGAGCGUAGUCUCAACAACAUGUGUGUUGGUUUACCAAAUUCCGUUCGCUAUCAGCAUUGCAGCUUCUACACGCGUGGCUUGGUUCAUUGGGUCUGCAUCAAAGGAUGCUGCAAGAAUUGCGACCCAUUGUGCGAUGAUAAUAGGGCUUGGCUUCGGUGUUUUGAACGCUAUUUUUUUGGCCACUUUCCGUCGAAAAAUUGCAUCAUUGUUCUCUUCUGAUCCAGAUGUGAUCGAUCUGGCUUCCCAAGUGCUGAUAAUAGGUGCCAUUUAUCAAGUGAACGACUCCCUCAGUUGCAUGUCUGGAGGAGUCCUUCGUGGCCAAGGUCGCCAGCACAUUGGUGGUUGGCUCAAUCUAUUUUCGUACUAUUUCCUUGCUCUCCCUGUGGCAUUUUUGUGUGCAUUUGGGUUUCAUAUGGAACUAUUCGGUCUGUGGAUUGGAAUGGUGAUUGCCCUGUUCUUUAUUUCGAUCUCUCAGUCGUAUUUUGUUCUCACCGCAGAUUGGUCUGCUAUCAUCAAGCAGUCUGUACAAGAUGCGAUUACAGAACACACCUCGGGCACUCCAUUGGUGGAACAUAAUCUUUUGUCUCCGUCCGUUUCGGUCAUCUCAAAUGAUUUUUGA